AUGUCCUUGCAGGACGAUAACAUCGGCGGUCACUACAACUCCACCAAGAGGCAACCGGUGGACUUGGUCCAUACCGCAAUAGCACUAGCAUACAUUGGCAACAUUGAGGGGCAGGAAUUUCUCGACCUAGCCUGUGGCUCCGGCUAUUAUUCCCAGAAAGCCGUUGACCAGGGAGCACGACGGGUGGUCGGGCUAGAUAUAUUGUCAGCCAUGAUUGAAGCAGCACGACGCGAGUUUGUGGCCGGCGACCGCUUUGAGUUCCAUGUUGCAGACUGCUGCAAACCAUUGGACUUGGGCAAACUUGAUGUCGUAUUGGCGAUGUGGUUUCUCAAUUAUGCUGGCAGUGCCGAAGUACAAUUGGCCAUGUGGAACCCGGCGGCAGAUGCAUCGGAAUCAUCCCCAAUUUUAGCCGGUUUGACGAAGAGGCUCCUGAAGGCCAGUUGGGAAGUAUGA